AUGCAGGCACAGCUUACGUCGACUACGAAUUACACAUGUCGCCUGGGCGUGGAUGUUGGAGGCACAUUCACCGAUGCUUGCGCCUUCUCUCCUAAAGGGAAGAUAUACAGAGCCAAGGUCGCAUCCACACCUCAUGACCAGUCGAUCGGCGUCCAAAAUGCCAUCGAGAAAGUCAGAGGCGUCAUACAGGCCGAAGAGACGUUCGACGGCAAGUUUGGCUCCCUUCACCACGGAAGCACAGUCGCAACCAAUGCUUUGCUCGAGGGGAAAGGCGUACCGGCGGCUUUGAUCGUGACCGAAGGCCAUAAAGACGUCCUGGUCGCUCGACGCUCUCAAAUCCCCGGAGGCCUUGCAGCAUGGAUCAAUUGGACCCCGCCUGCCCCUUUGAUACCACUGGAAAGAACAAUACAAGUGUCAGAAAGAAUUGGGGUGGGCGGCCAGGUCGUCAGAUCUGUGGACAAGGACAAGUUGAGAAGGGAGCUUCUCGGCGUGAAAGGCAAAGUACAGGCCGUCACUGUCAGCCUGCUGAACUCGUGGGUUGACGGCUCCCACGAGAAGGAAGUAGCAGAGGUUGUAAAGGAAGUGCUCGGCAAAGAAGUAGAGGUAUCAUUGUCGCAUGAAGUGCUUCCUGAAUUGGGAGAAUAUGAAAGGACCGUUACAGCCGCAGCGAACUCCGUGGUAAAGCCUGAAGUCAAGCGGUAUAUGGCUGGUCUUCGAGACAAGCUCACGAACGACACUUCAACUGUCCGUAUCUUAAAGAGCGAUGGAGGAUUGACAAACCUUGAUCUGGCAGGCCGGCUCCCAGUGAACAUUCUGAUGUCCGGACCAGCCGGUGGAGUGAAAGGAAUCACUAGUAUCAUCGCGAAAGCGACUGAGCACAAGAAUCUCAUCUCUCUGGAUAUGGGCGGCACUUCCACGGACGUUGCAUUGAUUGCCAACUCACAGCCUUCGUUGCGGAGAGAAACCAUGGUAGGCGAUCUGGCUGUGCGAUCACCGUCUGUAGACGUGAGGACGAUCGGUGCUGGUGGUGGUAGUCUGGCAUUCUAUUCACAGCUGACAAACUGUCUGCGAGUUGGGCCAGAGUCAUCUGGGGCUAACCCAGGGCCAGCUUGCUAUGGCAGAGGUGGCACACAGGCGACGGUAACCGACGCAAAUCUCGUGCUCGGCUACCUGCCAGAGACCCUCCUGGAUGGCGAAUUCAAGCUAGAUGUGGCAGCUGCUCGUGCUGCUGUAGACAAGCUCGCAAAGGAGAUGGGAAAGACGCUGUACGAGACGGCAGAAGCGAUAAUUGAUCUGGCCAACGAGGCUAUCUAUGGCGCGCUUCGCUUGGUGUCUGUCGAGAGAGGAUACAACCCGGCUGACUUCGCGCUUGUGGCUUUCGGCGGCGCAGGCCCAAUGUGUGCCAAUGCUGUGGGCAAGCUCCUGGGAGCAUGGCCCGUCAUUGUUCCAGCCGCACCAGGCAUCCUUUGCGCUCAAGGUGAUGCUACCACAAAGAUGAGCCAUGAGCUUUCGGCCUCAUACAUCCAUCUGCUACGAUCUACCACAAUGGAGAGCAUCGGCAAGGAAUACAAGAUCCUCAAAGACAAGUGCGAAGCAACAAUGAAGGAAGCUCUGGACAUCAAGGAGCCACUUCUCGAUGUGGUCUAUGGCGCUGCACUAAGAUAUAAGGGCCAAGCACUCGAACUAGGUAUAACACUUUCAGAGGAGGAUCUCGGAAAGCCAAUGGAGGAGUUCGAGAAGAUUGCUCAUGAGAAGUUCGACAAGAUCCACGAACAGCAAUUCUCUUACACGCUAGAGAACUUCUCAUUGGAGCUCACGAGACUUACAGUCACCAUUACGGAUGCAUCGCCAGAUGUCGAGAUUCCAAAGAUUCCCUUGGCCGAGUCGGAAACUCCACCAGAAUCUGCGAUACUGGAGAAGAAAACCAUCGUAGUCCAAGGCAAAGAGCACAACGCAACAUUCUGGAGUCGGUCUGCAAUCACCAAAGAAGGGUUCAAAGUGCUCGGACCGGCCGUGGUUGUGGAGAUGGACAGCAACACCCUCAUCGCCCCAGGUUUCCAGGCAAUCGUCGAUUCGGUUGGAAACCUGUGCAUCUCACCAAUGCCAGGUAAUGAGGUUCCCACAUUCAAGUCCAAGUUCGAAAGCAUCGUCUCCGACAAGUCACCAGAAGAGCAAGCUGCCGAGGCCAGAAAGACCGUCGAGGAAAUUCCCACGAUCCCGACUCUGAUCUCUAGCUCUCUUGCCUCCAUUCGCGCCGAGAUGGACACACUGAUGCUCCGAUGCUCGAUGUCGCCAGCCAUUCGUGAGCAGCAGGACGAAUUCAACGUCAUCACCAACGCAGGAGGCAAAAUGUUGGUGGGACAAUUCGGAUCUUUCAUCGGGCAAUUCAUGAAGAUCUGGGCGUACAAAGUUAGCAAAGGCGACGUCGACGACUUCGAAGAGGGCGAUGUCUUCGUCACGAACGAUACCUACGAAGUCGAAGGCGCGGUAUCUCAUCUCAACGAUGUCAUCGUCUUGUUGCCCAUCUACUACGAGCAUAAGCUCGUUGGUUGGGCUGCGAACUUUGGGCAUAUGACAGAUGUGCAAGGUCAAGUUCCUGGUUCCAUGUCCAUCAAUGCGCAGACCAUUUUCGACGACGGCCUUCAAAUUCCUACGAUGAAGCUAUUCGAGAAGGGAAAGAUGAACAAGUCCAUCGUCGAGCUCAUGUGCCGCAACAGCCGUCAACCGGAAUGGCUUCGCUCUGACUUACUGGCCCUCAUUUCCGCUUGCCGCACAGCUGCUACCAGAGUCUGUGAACUUUGUACGAGAUUCGGACCGGAAGUUUACAAGGCCUCUACAGACAUGCUCCUCCAGCGAACCAGGACCGCCAUCAGCAAGAUCGUUGAAGAGCAUAUGUCUGAUGAGACAUCUACCUUCGUCGACUUUGUUGACGAUGAUGGUCACAGCAAAGGCCCUUUCGCUGUCAAGUGCACGCUGAGCAAGCCUGCAAAGAACAAGUUGAAGUUCGACUGGCAUGGCACCAGUCCUCAGGCAAGCAGCAGUAUCAACUACUAUCUGAGCGAGACCAUGUUCAAGAUGUUUGUGGGAUACUACCUCCUAGCAGUGUACUCGCCAUACACCAUUCCAAAUGAUGGAUUCCACGAUCUGGUCGAAGUCGACAUCCCGCUCGGGUGCAUUUUGAAGCCGGUCCGGCCAGCUGCGAUCUCAUGCAGAACGCAUUUCCUUGGACGAGUCAUGGACGUCAUGCAGGCACUCUUUGGCCAAAAGAAUUCUUCGUUCAUGACUGCAGCCGGCUUCAGUGACUCGCCUCACUUCUUCUACUCGGGAUUCAAGCCUAAUGGAGAAUGGUAUCAGCUAUACCAAAUUGCUUUCGGCGGAGUACCUGCACGUCCCAAGGGCGAUGGUCCCGACUGUCAUUGCUUGUUCCCAGCAAUCAAGAGCGUACCGACCGAGUCCAUUGAACUCAACUUCCCUGUUCGACUUGACGUCAACGAGGCUGUUGCGGACAGUGGUGGAGCUGGCUUCCACCGUGGCGGAAAUGCUCAGCUUACCAAGUAUCACUUCUUGUCUGCUGGUGAGUUCAGCUUGCACGACGACAGAUGGUUUACCAAGCCUUGGGGUGUUCGAGGCGGAAAGCCAGGAAGCCGAAGCCGUAAGGCCAUUCACAGAUCUGAUGGCACGAUUGAAAUGCUGCAGUCCAAGUGCGAUCACGUCAAGGUGAAGCCAGGAGACGUUUUAGAAUGGCAGACAUGGGGAGGUGGAGGGCUCGGCGACCCUCUUACUCGGCCGGCUGAGACCGUUGCUCUGGAGGUCAGGAGGAAGCUCGUCACAGUGGAAGGAGCCAAGGCCAACUAUGGCGUUGUCAUCAACCCUGUGACUCUCGAGCUUGAGGAGGCCGCGACGGAAACUCUGCGCGCCGACAUCGAGAAGGCAGAGGCAGGCGUUGAAGCUGCUUUGUAUGACCGUGGUGGGACUGUUGCUGAGCUGGUUGCAAAGUGCAAGAAGGAUACAGGCUUCGAUGCGCCGACGCCUCAGUGGGAGGAGGAGAUCUAUGGUCCUCAUUGCGCACUCCCAUAUGUGCGGGAGUGGUACAAGCAGGCUCGCGAGGAGAAGUACCAGAUGUGGGGUGUAUAGUCCAUGUUGUCAAGUUACACGUUCUCGAUU